GUGGUACAUUUACCUAGCAGGCUGGCUGUUGAUAGAAACAUGGCGUCCCAGUCCAGCCUCUCUACUUUAUUUCCUAUCCAAAGUGAGCUGGAUUCUGCCCUAGAUGAAGCUACGACUCAACAAGAGAAAGAAGAUAUUGUCAACGAGUAUUUAAAAAAACUAGACGAAAGAGAUGAUCUGAAGAUACCGGAUUUCCAGACAGGCUUGGAAUGGCUGAACACGGAGGGCCCUCUGUCUCUGAACAAGGAGCUGGCUGGGAAAGUGGUGCUGCUGGACUUCUUCACCUACUGCUGCAUCAACUGCAUGCACAUCCUGCCUGACCUGCACCAGCUGGAGGAGAAGCACUCGGCCAAAGACGGAUUGGUAAUUGUUGGUGUGCACUCAGCUAAAUUCCCCAAUGAAAAGGUCCUCGACAACGUCCGCAGCGCUGUGCUCCGCUAUGACAUCUGCCACCCGGUAGUGAACGACAGCGAGGCGCGCCUGUGGCAUGACCUGGAGGUGUCCUGCUGGCCCACCCUGGUCCUCCUGGGACCCCGGGGCAACUUGCUCUUCUCCCUGGUGGGCGAGGGCCACCGCGACAGGCUGACGCUCUUCACUGACCUCGCCCUCCGUCACUACGGGGCUCAGGGUCUGCUGAAGACACACACAGUGGGCAUCAAGCUGUACCGGGACUCCCUGCCCCCCAGCAUGCUGUCUUUUCCUGGAAAGGUCGCCGUAGACAACAGCAGGAAAAGACUGGCCAUAGCAGACACUGGGCAUCACCGGGUUCUGGUGGUGUCUUCCACCGGAGAGCUGUUACGUGUCAUUGGAGGGCCUAAAAGUGGGAGACAAGAUGGCGACUUGUCUGAAGCUUCCUUUAACUCCCCUCAGGGCGUGGCCAUUAAAGGGGACACUUUAUACGUGGCCGACACUGAAAACCACCUGAUCAGAAAGAUUGACCUGUUGGAGGGAAGAGUCAGCACUCUCGCUGGAGUGGGUGCUCAAGGCACAGACAAAGAGGGGGGGGCCCUGGGACCCCAGCAGCCCAUCAGCUCUCCCUGGGAUGUGACCCUCGGGACCGCCGGCGGAUCUGAAGAUAACGUGCUGUGGAUAGCGAUGGCAGGGACCCACCAGAUCUGGGCUUUGUUCCUGGAUGAUGGGAAACUGCCAAAAGGAAGCGAGUCCAAGGCGGGGACGUGCGUCCGGUGGGCCGGCAGCGGCAGCGAGGAGAACCGGAACAACGCGUACCCGCACAAGGCCGGCUUCGCCCAGCCUUCAGGCCUGGCUGCGGCCCCCGAGGAGCCCUGGAGCUGCCUGUACGUGGCCGACAGUGAGAGCUCCUCCAUCCGCACGCUGGCCCUGAAGGACGGAGCCGUCAAGAUGCUGGUCGGGGGGGAGAGGGAUCCACUGAACCUUUUUGCUUUCGGGGAUCUCGACGGCAAAGGAGUGGACGCCAAGCUGCAGCAUCCUCUCGGUGUGGCCUGGUCUCCUGAACAAAGCCUGCUCUAUGUGGCCGACUCCUACAACCACAAGAUCAAGGUGGUGGAUCCAAGGACGAAGCAGUGUAGCACGUUAGCAGGGACUGGAGAGGCUGCAGACACUGCGGGCCCCGAGUUUAACACAUCCUGCUUCAAUGAACCUGGAGGAAUCUGCGUGGGGGACAACGGCAAAAUCCUCUAUGUGGCAGAUACCAACAACCACCAAAUCAAAGUGCUGGACCUGUCCUCCAAGACCGUUUCACUGUUCCCCAUCUCUACAGACUGCACUGACUCAGUACCUUCAAAGCCUACAAAAGCUCCGACGCUGCCGAAAUCGGCCGCCAGGAAGGAAAUGCCACCAGUGGUCGUGUCAGCUGGCCAGACUCUCGUCAUUUCGCUCACUCUGACGCUUCCAGAAGGAACCAAACUGACCGAGGAGGCCCCCAGCUGCUGGACUCUCUCAGCUGAGGGUAACGAGUGGCUGCUAGACGAAUCUGUGGUCACCGGUGACAUCAUGGAUCUGUCGAAGCCGCUCUCCAUCUCAACCAAACUUCCAGCAGUUAUAAAGGACUUGAACAGCCACCCUAACCUCACUCUGAGUGUUUGGGUCUUCUACUGUAUGAAGACAGGUACAACUUGUAUGAUGAAAGCAGCCUGCUUCACCCAGCCCCUUCAAAUAAGUGCCGAUCCCAAAGAGGAGGAAAUCACUGUGGCGUUGGCUCAUGUUUUCUAAAACCUCUUACAUGUUUUAUUCGCAAUAGUGACAAAAUCAACACUCCAUGUGGUCAGUUUUCACUUCAGCUGCAUCCAGCUCAACACCCUUUUGAGUUCAUUUUUCUAGAAGAAAACAAUGAAUGUCACUUUUUAAAAGAAUGUGAUACAAACCUUAUUUUCAUCGGAAUUUCAAUUGAAACUACUCCGAAGCCCCCUCUAAGAAACAUAAUGCAUCAGUGCUGUGAGGGACAGUUAUUGGUAGGAAUGCAAAUAGGUACACCCCCAGGCAUGUCAUUAAGGACAGCAAAUACAACUGCUGCCUAAAUAAUUAUGUUUAUAUGAUGGUUUAUUUAUGCAAAAAUUCCUACAAGGACAGGCUGUACUAGGCUACUGUAAGAAAACUGCCAACAUUUUCUAUUUUAUAUAAAACACUGUCACAGGACUACAUUAAUGCAGAGAGUAAAAUAUAUCCUGUGGAUUUAAUUUGCAACGUAUUAAGAAUAUUUAAUCAGCAGGUGGUGAUGAUUGUGUCAGUGGUGUUUGAUUCAAAAAUACUUCCUAACAUAGCAAAGAAGAAGCCUGUAAUUAGCUUGAUAUUUUCACCUGAUCCACCAGAUGCGAAAUUCAAAGAGUAGACGGUUUACAUUCCAAAUAAAUGUAAGCACAAAUUCUGGCAAAUUAGAUGCCUUCUGUUCAAACAUAAAACACAAACAUAAAUUCUCACAAACAUUAAAGGAGCUUUUUCUUUUAGAUUCAUUCAUAAUUCCAAAGUAGUUUCUCAUUCUGCUUCUGCUUUUGAAUGCUAAUGAGUUAUAAAAAGGGGAAAGAUCUUUUGAGGGUGAUAAAAGAAUUACUUACAAGUAAAUACCAUCAUUAAUAUAUUAGAAACUUCAGGGUAUUAAACAAGUUUCUGCUAUUUCUAAUUGAAUAAUAUAUGUCCAUGUCUGUGUGUGGUUGCUUUAGUUUACAGUCAGUCAGCUUGAUGGUGCCUUCAGGCGCUCUAAUACAUCUUGCGUAAACAUUUAUCUACUGAAUGUCACUGAAGACAGAACAUUCAUAUUUACUUUACAAAGUUCACGCAUGUAUGUUAAAGCUUUUUCCUGUCUCCUCUCCAUGUAUGACUGAUUAUACUUAUUAUUGCAAUUAUUCACAACACAAGGAGCCCUUUUGCUUAAGUUAUCUAAGAACGAAAAUGCCUGUUUUUGAUAACUGGUGAACUUAUGACACCGAGUAACUGCUGCUUGUGCACUUUGAAGGAUAUUGAAUUAAGAAAAACGUCUUAAAAUCUCUCUAACAAGCAUUUAUCCGCUUCAUAUCCCCUCCAUAAAAGGGAACACAACAAGAAAGAGAAGUAUGCUUUACCGUAACACACUGUGCUUCCUGUUGUGUAGCGUACAGUAACAUAAUAAUCUCAUUUUCCCUUACUGGUUUUCUAAUUUAUGAGCUGUUGUCAGAAGAGGGUCUGAGAGUGCUUGGGUGAGCAUUUCUGUCAUCAUGUCUCACAACAUAAUUGUCAUUGUAGGAAUGUUUUUAUUUGGUUUGGAAGUGCCUUGCAAAAAAGCUGGUUACUGAAAGGAUGGUGUGAAUGAGAUAACCUAAACUGUAUCAAAAGCAAUAAAAACCCACCUCUUUUAAUGGGAAAAGGUUUUAUUCCCACCAGAUAUUUAUUUCGAAUGAACUGCGAAAGAUUAUAGCUCAGCUGUUCUAUCCCUAUGGCGUUUUUUAAAUAAACAACAAUGAGCUUGA